AUAAAUUAUAAUAAUAAUAAUAAAAAGAAAUGAAAGGUUCAUUUUUUUUGCUAGAAAGAAAUGAAAGGUUCAUUGUGAAGAAAAAAAAUAUAAAAGAAAAAGAAACCAAUUGAAAGAAAGAAAAAUGAAUCCCAUUUCUUCUCACUUCUCCUCUCCUCUUUGAAAAUCUAACCGAUCACCGGAUAAAUGGUUCCGGUGGCCGGAGUUUGCAUAGAAGCUCCUCGUAUUUCUCUUAAUUUGCGAUAAGACUCAAAAGGCGGCUUUGGGUUUCGUCAUUUCAUGGAGUCUGAGAGGAGAACAAGGAAGCGCAGCUUGCCCUUUCUUAUACUCCGUUGGUCUCUGGCUCUCCUUUUCCCUAUAGUUUCAUUUUUCGUAUUAUCAUUCUUGGUUGGCCUCGUUGCUGUUUUCCUCGCCGAUUCACCGGUCUCCGGUCCGAUCUCGGUGCCUUCUCAGUGCAAGAUCGUCUCUAGUAGUGUGGAUCUCAAAUCAUCCAAGGUCUGUGAACUUGGACUGCUCAACUACAAAGCCAAGCAUGUGUUUUAUCCUUUUGAGAAAAGUAAAUUUCGCUGUCGUUAUGACUACUAUUGGGCGUCAAUAUUUAAGGUGGAAUAUAGAGACCUGUCUUCAGGUGUUACUCGACUGGCAUUUGCAGAAGCUCCAAAUGAGGCCCUUCCUUUAAACUGCAGGCCUAAUUUUGGCGCUGCAUGGUUGAACAAAGCUAAAUUCAAGGUGAAUGAAACUUAUGACUGUUGGUACACUUAUGGAAUUUCCAAAGUAAGCUUACAUGGUGAUGGAUUUUUCAGUUGCCAAGCAAAAGAUCCAUCUACUUUUGAGAUGAUUAAGAGAUAUGUCUUUCUAUCAAUGAAGAUUUUACAGUCUUGGGUUAUAAGCAAAAACAAAUCAAAGUAUUGGAGGUGGGAAAUGAUAGCAGGAGUUAUUACUGGUUUUUCAACUUCCUUGAUCUCAAUCAGCUUUGUUAUGCUCCUGCAACAAAUGAAAUAUUCAUUUCCGGGAUUCGCUGCUGUCAGAAAUGUUGUAAGAGCUCUUCUUAGAAUCCCUUUUAGCCGCACUUGCUUCCUUGUAGUAUACUUCUCUGUUGCGGGCUGGUUAGCACUUCAAUAUGGGAGAAGGCUUGGUGUCUUACAGAUUUUCACAGCAUUUAACAAUUAGGUAGCACUCUUUUUUUUUUUUGAAGUGCUCUUUUUCCUUUUUGGCAUUUCAUUUUUGUAUCUGCUCACUGCAAUUUUCAAAUUAGGUAAAACCACAUGUAUACUUCCUUGUAUAAUUGUAUAAGAAUGCAGUGGAUAUUGUAUUUGAUGAUGAUGUACAGCAGAUGAUAUGUACUGGGAUCAUUCAUCCCUAUCGCCCAGCAUCAAGAACUGGGAUUGGGAACUGUCUGAAAUAUAUGAAAGCCUUGUGGUCUUAUAUAUA